GGUUGUGAUGCCGAAAAAGCCUUUCACUCCCCCACGUGAGGUGCAUGAGCAAAUCACUCACUCCAUGCCACCCCAGAAUGUUGAGAUCUUCAAGUCCUUGGAGAACUGGGCAAAUGAUAACAUUCUGGUACACCUAAAGCCUGUGGAGAAGUGCUGGCAGCCACAGGAUUUUUUGCCAGAUCCUUCUGCAGAGAGUUUCCAUGAUGAAGUUAGGGAAUUAAGAGAACGCUCAAAGGAAAUCCCAGAUGAAUUUUUUGUUGUUCUAGUUGGAGACAUGAUCACAGAAGAAGCUCUUCCUACUUACCAAACCAUGCUGAAUACUCUUGAUGGUGUCCGGGAUGAAACAGGUGCGAGCCCCACUUCCUGGGCGGUUUGGACUCGGGCAUGGACUGCUGAAGAAAAUCGACAUGGAGACCUCCUCAACAAGUACAUGUACCUUAGUGGAAGGGUAGAUAUGAAACAAAUUGAGAGGACAAUUCAAUAUCUGAUUGGCUCUGGAAUGGAUCCAAGAACAGAGAACAAUCCCUAUCUUGGCUUCAUCUAUACUUCCUUCCAAGAGCGUGCCACCUUCAUCUCCCAUGGCAACACUGCCAGGCUAGCCAAGGAGCAUGGGGACCUGAAGCUGGCACAGGUUUGCGGUAUUAUUGCCUCUGAUGAGAAACGCCAUGAGACGGCCUAUACCAAGAUCAUUGAGAAGCUCUUUGAGAUUGACCCAGAUGGCACUGUUAUUGCCUUUGCUGACAUGAUGAAGAAAAAGAUAUCAAUGCCCGCCCAUCUCAUGUUUGAUGGUCGUGAUGAUAAUCUCUUUGAGCACUUCUCUGCAGUGGCACAGCAGCUUGGGGUGUACACAGCUAAGGACUAUGCUGACAUCCUCCAGUUCCUUGUGGCUAGGUGGAAGGUGGAAGAACUUACGGGACUGUCUGGUGAUGGGAAGAAAGCUCAGGACUUUGUCUGCACUUUGGUGCCUAGAAUUCGAAGGCUGGAUGAGAGGGCUCAGGCAAGAUCCAAGCAGGGAGGAAAAAUGCGUUUCAGUUGGAUCUAUGAUAGGGAAGUUGUGUUCUAAGCUUUUGGUUGAAAAUGGCAGCUUUUAUGGGUUGGUGGUGAUAGACUUCCUUUGGUUUAAUCAUUGAGAGGGGUUUCUGAAGAAAAGUUUGUAGUUUUUCUUUCUUUUAUUUUUUUUUCUAAUGGUUUUCUUUAUCAUUCUGUGUUUUUGUUCUAUGGGUUGUCUUUUGGGUGGUUGGGGGUCUGCAGGUAAGGCUGUAUUUUGGGACCAGAGGGUUGCAUCUGUGAAGUUGUGUCUUUGUUUCAUAGAUCUGUAAUGCUGGAUUGUUCUGUAAAAGUACCGUUGUUUCAUGCUUUUGAAAUUGAAAAUUGAAAUCUCUGUCUCGUUGUC